GGGAGGAGGCAGGAGAGAAGAGGGAAGAAGCUGGAGAAAAGGAAGAAGGAACCACGUCACCGGCUGUUUCCCGCCUGCGUCCGCCGCGGCCGCCCCCGCCCUCCGCCGUCUCCAGGACGCUGACUGGCGUCUUGGGCGGGCGGCUGGCGCAGGCCGUCUCACUCGAGUCUCCCAGCCGCGCUGUGCGCGUCCCCAGCCGUACCGGACCAGGGCGGAGUAUCUUAAAAAGCAUGGAGAUAAGAUUAGAAAUCUUGACAUCAACAAGUAUCAAGCAGAAAAAACCCUGGCCAAGAGUUUCCUGGUUAGGACAGGAAAAUGAAGCUGUUUUUCUUUUGGGUGAUAAAUUUAUAAAUGAAAUUAAUCUGGUAUCAGGAAGAACAAAGAAGAUUUCUAGUCUACAGCCUUUGUUGAAGGAUGUUUUUGUUCUGACAACGUCCAGUAAUGAUGCCUGGCUGGCUGGGGUACUCACUACAGGGGAGCUUUUCCUUUGGAACAAAGAUCAAGAUUGCUUGAAAACUAUACAAGUAACUGAAAAGCCUAAAGAAAUGAUUAAAGCUACAGUAGCAAGCUCUUCAAGACUAUACAUGUCUGUAUCUGAAAAUGGGAAAAGAGUCCUGUUGAUAACACUUUCUGGAUGCAUAUUUCUCUGGGAGUAUUUGGAGUCAAAGAAUAACUUCUUUUCAAAAAGCCUUUCAUUGGUGGGUCAGUGGUCCCAGAUCAUACCUGAAGAAGCAGUUCUUUUGCCUUCCAUUGAAGAUAAAGAAGCUGUAGUGAAUGCGGUUUUUAUUAAAAAUGAGUUAUUUGGAGACUGCUGCUUGUGUUCGUUUACUUUUUAUUCUGGGGAAUGCCUGAAGUUAGCAUUUUUAGCAAUUUGGUGGCAUGAGAAUGUAUUUACACCUAUAAGGUUAUUGCCAUUUCAUGUUCACUGGUCACAACAGGACUGUCUUCUGUGUAGUCUAAUUCCCAAAUGUGAAUCAGUAAAGUCAAGAGGAGCUCUGAUUUCUGCCUUUUCAAGAGAUGGUCUUACCCUGGCAGUAACUCUUAAUCAGAAAGACCCAAAG